AUGGUGAAACUCACUUGGUUACUAGCUUCUCGUCCAGUUCUUGUCUUCGUUGUCUUGGUGACAGUGGAGUUGAUUGUUCCGAGUAUUAUGAUAGAGAAUUGGUUUAAAACCACAAAGAGUAUAAAAGAAAACGUGGAUGUGAUGGACGAGAAUCUUCGUCGGGGAAUGGUAUCAGAGCUUGAAAACAUCGGAAGAAACUUCUACCAAUCCACAAGCUCAUCGGCCAUUGGAUUAGCCCACCUUAUUCAUUCUUCCUUGGUCCACAACAACACUUCCUCCGCCCACAUCCAAUCCCUGAUAUCGCCGGUACUGUAUGAAGCGUAUAGAUUGAUUCCUCACGUCUCUCAAGUUUCAUACAUUGCUUCCGACGGCAUCUUCCUCUCGUUCUUCACGGAUUACAACAGAACAGUCGUCAUCUUCUCCAACACCACAUUUUCCUCGGACUACAUUUGGUACACUCAAGACGUCGACCAAACCAACGGUCGCCUCUACGGCGACGCCUUUAAAUCUCGACCGUUGGAUCUCAACCGCACCGAAUGGUUCCAAGCCGCAUUGAGUAACGACAAUGUCUGUUUAGGACCCAGUUGGGGCAUAGAGAAUGUCCCUUUAUUCUUUAACACCGUCAGUUUGCACGACAAGAAAGGAUCUGUCUCAUUGGGGUUUCGGGUUCAAACCUUAAUCGAUGUCUUGAAUCAGUUGAAUCUCUAUGGCGGCGAUCUCUUCCUUUCGACAAAGGAGGGGACAGUGCUCCUACGAGGUGGUUCUCCGAAUGCCUCAUUCUUCGUCUCCAAUGGCUCUGCUUGCUUCCAUACCGCACCAAAAUCACCUCGCAGCCGCAACAAAAACGAAGACCAAUGCUUUCCUAGUAACAACGCAACUGUAGGUUAUGAUCUGGUCAUCGACUCUUCGAAGUUCCGGGUUUAUUCCUCUGUUCUCGAAGUCGCCGGGAUACACCUGGUAUAUGCGCUAGUGUUUCCUAGCAAAGGAGAUAUCGUGGCGAUGAUAGAGAAGAACAGAGAGACGGGGCUGAUCUUGUUGGUGCUGACGUCGAUGUUGCCAGUGAUCUCAACCCUCAUCUUUGUGAUGUUGAUGGUGCGAGCAGCAAGGAAGGAGAUGCAUAUGUGUGCAACGCUGAUAAACCAGAUGGAAGCGACACAACAAGCUGAGAGAAAGAGCAUGAACAAGAGCCUUGCAUUCGCCAGCGCGAGCCACGACAUCAGAGGCGCCCUCGCCGGAAUCAACGGUCUGAUCGACCUCUGUCAGGAGGAAGCCGAACCUGGUUGUGAGUUGGACACCAGUCUUAAGCAAAUGCAAGUCUGCACUCAUGAUUUGCUUGGUCUACUCAACUCCAUUCUUGACAUGAGUAAGAUCGAGUCAGGAAAAAUGCAAGUAGAGGAAGAAGAGUUCAACCUAGCAGAUCUUCUUGAAGAAGUCGUCGACUCCUUCCAUCCUGUGGCCAUGAAGAAAGGUGUCGAUGUUAUUUUUGAUCUACAAGAUGGCUCGAUCCUCAUGUACUCAAAUGUGAAAGGCGACAGAGGCAAACUCAAGCAAAUCCUUAACAAUCUUGUGAGUAAUGCCGUUAAGUUCACAUUUGACGGUCACGUCUCGAUCCGUGCAUGGGCCCAGAAGCCCAGCUCCCAGAGCUCCAUUGUCUUGGCAGCGAAUGCAGAUGGAGAUGUCUGGAAGUUUUCACGGUUUAUGCUCUGCAACAGAAAAGAUACAGCAAGUAACAAAUUAGAGACCGUAGAGCCCGUGCGGUCAGUGAGAGGGAAUAUGAACAUGAACACGAUGGAGUUUGUGUUUGAAGUGGAUGAUACGGGGAAAGGGAUUCCUAAGGAGAUGCAGAAAUCGGUGUUUGAAAACUAUGUUCAGGUUAGAGAAACAGCUCAAGGGCAACAAGGAACCGGUUUAGGCCUCGGAAUUGUGCAGUCCCUGGUUCGACUGAUGGGAGGGGAAAUAAGAAUUGUGGACAAGGAUAUCGGUCAGAAGGGUACUUGUUUCCGGUUCAACAUUUUCCUGACGACCUCAGAGUCACCUACCAAUGACACAGCAAUGAGACAGGACAAAGAAACAAAAGGUGAUUGCCUAUCAACACCAAAUCUGGGGACAUCAAGCGCUAACAGAAGCAUACGGAGCAUGAGUCCGAGAUUGAACAGCAUUUUCCUUAGCUCGAGUCCAAGGUCGGAUGGUUCCCGAGUAGUUCUCCUGCUCAAAGACGAAGAAAGAAGAAGAGUUACACAAAAGUAUAUGGAGAGUCUGGGGAUUAAUGUAACGGUGGUGGAAAAAUGGGAGCACUUGGAUCAUGUCCUGGAGAGGAUGAAAUCUAAACUCAACGGUUCUUCACCUCAAAAUUCCUUUGGAAAAUCAGAGACUAGUUCGAGAAGUGAAAUAUCAAGGUCAAACUCAAAGGCGUUACCUCUGAGUGCCAUGGAUGGUAUCGAUCGUAGAAGCCAAUUGCCUACAAAGAAAAAAUACAGCCUAUCUAGAUUUGUCCUUCUCGUGAUCGAUGCAAACACUGGGUCAUUUUACGAGUUGUCCAGUACUGUGCAACAGUUUCGAGACAGCUUACACAGGGGCAUCUGCUGUAAAGUUGUGUGGCUCAACAAGAGAGACCGCAGAACAAGAGGUUGGGAGAAUGACGUUAGUUUUCUGAAACCCUUGCAUGGAUCUCGUUUGAACAAAGUGAUGAAGAUGUUACCAGAAUUUGGAGGGACGGUUCCAAAGGAAACACCCUUUGAGCUGCAGAGAGAACCGUCGUUGAGAUACUCUCUUGAUGCAGAGAUGUCACUGAAAAAUAAAAUGCUUGUAAACACAGAGAUGCAAGAAGAGGGUUCGAGUUCAAGCUAUGAUAGGAAGCUAGGCAAGACAAGGAUGAUUUCAUCCUCUUCAGAAAGGGAGACUGACGCUAAGAGAAGAUUUACACAUUCGGUACGUACCGUUAAACCUGCAGGGAACACAGAGAACAUUCAAGAAACUCCUGAGCCGAGUGAUGGAAAAUGCUUGGCAGGAAAGAAAGUUCUAGUAGUCGAUGACCAAAAAAUGAUGGCAUUAAUUGCGAGCAAAAAGCUGAUGAAACUAGGUGCAUCCACUGUUGAAAAGUGUUACAAUGGAAAAGAAGCUGUCAGGUUAGUCAAGGAACAACUUGAACAAAGAGACAGAGCAACAGAUUCAAUGGAUGUUCUUCCUUUUGAUUACAUAUUCAUGGACUGUCAGAUGCCAGAAAUGGACGGUUACGAAGCAACCAGACAAAUAAGGAGAGCAGAGAGUCGGUAUGGGAUUCACGUACCAAUUAUCGCAAUAUCUGCCCACGAGCAUGGCUCGAAGGAGGCAAAAGAAGCCAUAGAAGCCGGAAUGGAUGCCCAUUUGGGAAAAGAACUGCUUACAGAACAUCUUGUUAACGUCAUUAAAGAAAUUAAAAGUAAGAUGACUGCACAAUACAUACCUUAG